UCUGCGUUCCGUGAACCCGGAAUCUUCGCUUUGCCACCGACUAUCUCUGUCCCUUUCCAUUUAAACCCGUUGUGUGUGAACAGUGACAGUUUUGGUUGUUUAAAAAGUCGUCAGACGAUUUUUGCCCCGAACUUUCACCGGCAACAAAACAAUUAGGUCAACAAUGGGGGUUCUCGCAAAAACCGGUGGCCUGCGGAUGUCGGCUCAGAAGCAAGAGACUCUGCUCAAGCUCUCUAUUCUUUCCAUCGCAGCAGUUUUAUCUUUUGCAACACGCUUAUUCUCCGUCUUGAGAUUCGAGAGCGUGAUUCACGAGUUCGAUCCUUACUUCAAUUACAGAACAACAAAAUUCCUGGCAGAGGAAGGAUUCUACAAUUUUCACAACUGGUUCGAUGAUCGUGCCUGGUAUCCGCUAGGCAGGAUAAUCGGAGGUACCAUCUAUCCUGGGCUGAUGGUUACCUCCGCCGCGCUCUAUCAUCUCGCUUGGCUCCUGAAUAUCACGAUCGACAUCCGAAAUGUCUGUGUUUUUCUCGCGCCUCUGUUCUCCAGCCUGACGACCAUUGUUACAUACUUGCUCACGAAAGAACUGAAGGACUCUGCUGCAGGUUUAGUUGCCGCAUCAAUGAUAGCGAUAGUGCCUGGUUAUAUAUCGCGUUCCGUAGCUGGUUCCUACGACAAUGAGGGAAUAGCAAUAUUCUGCAUGCUAUUUACGUACUACAUGUGGAUAAAAGCUGUGAAAACUGGAGCGAUAUUGUGGUCCGCCUUAGCCGCAUUGGCCUAUUUUUACAUGGUUUCAUCCUGGGGAGGAUAUGUAUUUCUCAUAAAUUUGAUUCCUCUCCACGUUCUCACGCUCAUGGCUACUGGAAGAUUUUCGCACAGAAUUUACGUCGCCUACAGUACGCUUUACUGCGUCGGAACUAUUCUCUCCAUGCAAAUAUCUUUCGUCGGAUUCCAACCCGUUCAGAGCUCCGAACAUAUGCUUGCCCUCGGCGUCUUUGGUCUCUGCCAAAUCCACAGCCUGGUAGAUUAUCUGCGCAGCAAAAUGUCGACUGCUGACUUUGAGCUACUUUUCAAGGCGCUCGUCUUCUCCAUGGCUGCCGCAUCCUUGAUCGUUGGGGGCGCGCUGACUGUAACGGGCAAGAUCUCGCCUUGGACCGGACGUUUCUAUUCUCUACUCGAUCCUUCGUAUGCUAAAAAUCACAUCCCCAUCAUCGCGUCGGUCUCCGAGCACCAGCCGACAUCCUGGAGUUCAUUUUACUUCGACCUCCAGAUUUUGGUCUUCCUGUUUCCCGCAGGGCUCUAUUUCUGCUUCUCAAAAUUAACCGAUGCCAAUAUUUUUCUCAUCCUCUACGGCGUCACCAGUAUCUACUUUGCCGGUGUGAUGGUUCGAUUGAUGCUAGUUCUCGCUCCUGUAAUGUGCAUUCUCUCCGGUAUCGGUGCGUCGUCGAUGUUGUUGACUUACAUGAAACAGAUAGAGAGCAAAAAAGUUGUCGACAAAAAGUCGAAGAAGUUUGAGAACAAUUACGUGCUGCGAAGCGAGAUCGCCACUUUAUUUGUGGCCGUUAUGUGUUUCCUGUUCGUAUCUUACACACUCCAUUGCACUUGGGUUACUGCGGAAGCCUACAGCUCUCCGAGCAUAGUACUUUCUGCCAGAUCUCCCGACGGCGGACGAAUGAUCUUUGACGAUUUCAGGGAAGCUUAUUAUUGGCUCAGAAUGAAUACACCGGAGGAUGCAAAGGUUAUGUCGUGGUGGGAUUACGGCUACCAGAUAACCGCGAUGGCAAAUCGAACGAUACUAGUAGACAAUAAUACUUGGAACAAUACGCACAUAUCAAGAGUCGGCCAAGCGAUGGCAAGCUCUGAAGAAAAAGCCUACGAAAUAAUGAGGGAACUCGACGUUGAUUAUGUACUUGUCAUUUUUGGAGGUCUCACGGGCUACUCAUCCGAUGAUAUUAACAAGUUCCUUUGGAUGGUUCGUAUCGGUGGAAGCACGGAUAAAGGAAAACAUAUUACUGAAUGGGAUUACUACAGCCCGGCAGGGGAAUUUAGAGUCGACAAAGAAGGCUCACCUGUCUUGCUCAAUUGCCUUAUGUACAAAAUGUGCUAUUACAGAUUCGGACAGGUCUACACCGAGGGGGGCAAGCCCUCUGGCUACGACAGGGUCCGGAACAUGGAGAUAGGAAACAAAGACUUCGAGCUUGACGUGCUCGAGGAAGCUUACACAACGGAGCAUUGGCUCGUCAGAAUUUACAAGGUCAAAGAUCUUCGUAACAGAGGAAUUUGAGAGCACCAAUGAACACAAUAGAAAUAAAUAAAAAUAUAUAUACAUAUACAUACAUAUAUGGUAAGCAGUACAUCAUUGAAUUGAUAAACGUUGAAUUUUUUAUAUAACUUUGAAACAAACCCGGGUAGUUUCGCUCAAUGUUUUUCCUACGAAUAAACGUAAUUUGAAUGCUAA